CUCUGCUGCGCGCUCCCGUGUUGGCUCGGUUAAUAACUGACUAACGGAAUAAGCACAUUGACUGAGCUCCCGGUUUCAUCCAUCUUCUGAAGUUCAGUUCGGAGGUUCGGGUUGGAGACGGUUGGGGGUGUUUUGGGUUUGAAAGUCUAGUUUUAACAGAAUAAAAGACAUGGAGGCUCGUGGAGUUCUCUCGCUGCUGUGCGUUGCGCUGUGUGCUGGGGCGCUCGCACAGCAGACCGACAGACCCAAGUUCUGGGAGUGUCCGGUGGACCUGUUCUUUGUGCUGGACACGUCUGAGAGUGUUGCUCUGAGGGCCAAACCUCCCAACUUCUACAUCGACCAGAUCAAAAGCUUUACUGAACGCUUCAUCAUGGAGCUCAAAGAAAUGCGCCAGCCAUGUGACCGGUCCCUGACGUGGAACUCCGGAGCGCUACACUACUCUGAUGAGAUCAUCUUAGUGCGCCAGCUUAGUGACGUCGCCACCGAGCGCCAGGCGCUCAUCAGUGACAUCAAAGGCAUCAGCUACAUCGGCAAGGGAACACACACUGACUGUGCCAUCAAGAGAGGCAUCGCUGAGCUGCUCAUAGGGGGCUCCCACUACCAGGAGAAUAAGUACAUCGUCGUGGUAACGGACGGUCAUCCUCUAACAGGAUACAAGGAGCCCUGUGGUGGGUUACAGGAAGCUGCCAAUGAGGCCAGGCAACACGGGGUUAAAGUCUUCUCCGUCGCCAUAUCACCUGACCAGGAGGACACAAGACUGUCAGUGAUCGCUACAGACCAUAACUACAGACAGAACUUCACAGCAGCUGACAACACCAGAUCCACCCAGCUACAGACCAUACGCAGUAUCAUAGAUAUGAUUACCAAUGAGACCAAGGAUGUGUGCUGUUCUUUCGACUGCAAUGCUAAAGGAGGUCCCAAAGGACCAGAAGGAGGCCUUGGGUCCAAGGGUGAAACAGGUAGACAGGGGAUGCCAGGGGAGAAGGGAGACAUCGGGGUAGAUGGAAAUUUGGGAGAUCCCGGCCCUGUGGGAUACCGCGGAAUGAAGGGCGACCGUGGUGGAAGAGGUGACAAGGGCGAGAGAGGCCAUAAAGGCUACAAGGGAGACAAAGGACAACGGGGAACAGAUGGAGUUGAUGGACGUAAGGGUGAUCCAGGUUUUUCUGGCCUAGCCGGCUGUAAAGGUUCCCCAGGACCUGACGGCUCACAGGGAGACGGAGGUCCUAAGGGAGAUCCGGGUCCAUACGGAACCAAAGGAGCUAAGGGAGAUCAGGGGAAAGACGGAGAACCAGGACGACCUGGCAACUACGGACUGUCCGGAAUCAAGGGUACACCGGGCCCAAAAGGAGCCAAUGGAGACAAAGGACAGCGGGGUGAUGAUGGAGCACCUGGACCGGACGGCCUCCGGGGAGACAAAGGCACCCCAGGAGAGAAAGGAGAACAAGGAACCCGUGGAAACAGAGGACCAAGAGGAGAUUUGGGUGACCCAGGACCUCGUGGAGAUCAGGGCAGAGAGGGUUCAUCUGGAGCCAAUGGAGAGCCUGGUGACAUCGGCAGGGCGGGGUCUCCAGGAUACAGAGGAGAUGAGGGCGCCCCCGGACCAGAGGGCCCCAAAGGACCAAGAGGAAUCAAAGGAGCUCCUGGAGACAGAGGCCAGAUCGGAAGCAGGGGAGAAGAUGGGACACCAGGAAAUGGAACUGAAGGUUGCCAUGGUUUCCAGGGUUACCCCGGCCAACGAGGGGGCAUUGGAGAGCCGGUGAGUUCACCUUUCACCUAUAACCUCUCACCUCAGAAUCAGCCCCAAGGCAGCGUCUCACACUAUAUCACGCUAUCAUAG